ACAUGGUCCUUGUCCUCGAGGAGCUUCCGAUCUAACGGGAGAGACAACCUGCAAGCACAGACAAAGUUCUAUACAGGGAGGAGGGGACCCCAGCAAGAUGCCUACAUUGCCCUUGAAUGAACUACAGAUCACGGAAAAGGAUCCCAAGACGGGCAAGCUGAGGGCAGUGCCAGCUCUGCACCCGGACCAGAAGGCUGACCGCUGCUUUGUGCUGUACAAACCCCCGCCUGCAGACAACUCCCCCGCGCAGGUGGACGAGUACCUGGAACGGGCCGCCUUCAUCGCCGACGACCUUGACUGGCUGCUGGCCCUGCCCCACAACAAGUUCUGGUGCCAGGUGAUCUUCGAUGAGAGCCUGCAGAAAUGCCUGGACUCCUACCUGCGCUACACCCCCCGCAAGUUUGACGAGCUGGCUGGGCCCCCCUCGGCAGUUGGCGAGAUGCAACAGCGCCUCCAUCGCAGUGUCUUCCUCACCUUCCUCCGCAUGUCCACACAUAAAGAAUCCAAAGAUCACUUCAUUUCCCCAUGUGCUUUUGGAGAAAUCCUCUAUAAUAACUUCCUCUUUGACAUCCCAAAGAUGCUGGACUUGUGUGUGCUCUUCGGAAAGGGCAACCAGCCCCUGCUGCAGAAAAUGAUUGAAAACAUCUUUAUUCAGCAGCCGAGUUACUACAGUGACCUGGAUGAAACUGUGCCCACUAUCCUUCAGGUUUUCAGCAAUAUCCUCCAGCAGUGUGGCCUGCAGAGUGAAGGGGCCUCCAACGAGCCCCAGAAACUGGAAGAGAAAGUCAGGAUGACCCCCAGCGCCAUGCCUCUCCAGGAAUUGAGGGAUGUGGUCCUCUACUUGUGUGAUACUGCUACCACCCUGUGGGCCUUUUUGGAUGUCUUCCCAUUGGCUUGCCAGACCUUCCAAAAGCAUGACUUCUGUUCCAGAUUGGCUUCCUUCUAUGAGGUGUCGAUUCCUGAGCUGGAAGCUGCAAUCAAGAAGAGGAGGCGGGAGGAUAGCAAGUUGCUGGCUGACCUGUGGCAGAGACUGUCCCAUUCCCGGAAGAAGCUGGUGGAAGUUUUCCAUAUCCUCAUUUACCAGAUCUGCCUGCUCCCCAUCUUGGAAAGCAGCUGCGACAACAUCCAGCCCUUUAUUGAGGACUUUCUUCAGCUCUUCAGCUCAGUGCUGCAGGAAAAGAGGUUUCUCCGAGAUUACGACGAGCUCUUCCCGGUGGCAGACGACGUGAGUUUGCUGCAGCAGGCGUCUUCGGCCUUGGAUGAGACCCGGACCGCCUACAUCCUGCAGGCUGUGGAAGGCGCUUGGGAAGGGGUGGACAGGAGGAAAGCUGCCGUGGUCAAGGACUUGCCACCGUCCAAGGCUCCCGAGCAGCCCGCAGGCCCAGAGCCAGGCCCUGGAGCAGCCCCGACACGCCUGAAGACAGAGGAGGAGGAGGAUCCCUGCUCUCCCGGUGGCGGCGCGCAGCCCACCCCGCCCCCCGAUCUCGGGUGGGCUGGACCCCUGAUCUCGCAGGUGAAGGACCUGCUGCCGGACCUGGGCGAGGGCUUCAUCCUGGCCUGUCUGGAGCAUUACGACUACAGCGCCGAGCAGGUGAUCAACAACAUCCUGGAGGAGGGGCUGGCCCCGGCCCUGAGCUCCCUGGAUCGUUCCUUGAACAGGUAUGUGGGGGAGGGGAGGGGCGGCCGCUCAGAGCCUGGGGUCCGGCUUGGGGGGCAGCAAUGGCCCACCCACCCCUUCUUCCCGCCCAACGUUUUCCAGAACACAUUUACGUUCCAGGGACACGUGGACCUGUGCGUGGGCAAAAGGGGCAGGAGGAAGGGGGAACACCCACCUGUGAAAAAGCGGGGUCCAACAAAGGGCACACACCAUACAGGUGGUGGUGGAAGGGACGUCAGGGAUCCCCCCUCUCGGGCGGGCACCAAAGGGGAAGCACAUACUAGCGGGCAACAGGUGGGCCAACACGGCGACUACACAGCCUUACCCAACCGAGGGGACGAACCGGGGGGGGGAAAAAACACCCACUCCCGGGAUGGGGGAAACCUGGCCGGGUGGGGACAACUGUCGUUUCUUCUCAAACCCCUCAGGCCGUUCACCACCCCCCAGGUGCUGAGAACCAAAGUGCCUCAUGAGGGGCUAGAGGAGGAGGAGGAGGAAGAAGAGGAAGAGGCUGAAGAAGAAGGCCCCAAGCCGGACCAUUUUGUCCAGGAUCCAGCAGUGCUGAGGGAGCGUGCCGAGGCCCAGAGGAUGGCCUACCUCGCCCGGAAAGGGUACAGGUACGAUGGCUCCUCGGCCGUCACCGGCAACCCGCGGGGGCACGGGCAGAGCCGGGAGACCACCCAGGAGCGCCGGAGGAAGGAAGCCAACAAGGGGGCGAGGGCCAAUCACAACCGGCGGCUCAUGGCUGACAGGAAGAGGACCAAGGGCAUGAUCCCAUCCUGAGAGCGGCCCCCUCCUCCCCCCUCCCCUCCCCUCUAGCCAAAGCAUAGGACCCAGGGCCAUUUGGGAUCCUGAUCCUCCCGCAGGCCUCCCUACCAACUGUCCCUCGAACCCAAGGCGAGAGAGCUCGUUGUCUUCCCCUCCAUGACGUGUCAGCCGCGUGGGCCCCGGAGGAGGGCAUCGGCCCCAUAGGUGAGCCCGGGCCGGCGGCCGACGCCACGACUCCUCUCUCUGACCACCGAGUGCCUUAUCCCCAGUGACCCGACUCCAGGCCGGCGAUCCCCGUGCCAUGGACGGGCCCCCUCCUCACGCAGGGCGCAGCCGGGCCUCCUCUCCCAGAGUGGCGAGCAUUCUGUACAUAAGACCCACAAAUAAACUCCGAAGCCAUUGGGCAUUGUCCAGCAGGGUCAGUGGCCCCUGCCAUCCCGCCCUCCGGCUCCUGGGCCCGUGGCCGCGAUAGCCAGUGCCAGGAAACCUUCCCGCCCGUCCCUCGGGUCCGUGCCGUGGGCGGCGGUGAGCUCAAGCCUGUCCUGUCUCCUGUGUUUGAUCCUCAGUCAUCCUGGUGAUCCUGUGUCCAUUUUACAGAGGAGCAGACUGAGGCCCACAGAGGGAGGAGACGGCCUCUGGGUUAGUCUCAGGGCUGGAGUGGAACCCCGGCCCCUCCAUCUUCAGGUCAGGGCUCUUGGCAUUCCACCCCCCUUGGAAGGCAGACGGGAGGGAAUCGGAAAGAAUAAGCGCCCCCCCCCGCCCCCCACCAUGAUUGGGAGCAAAGCCGCAGGGCAGGGGUGGCCCCUCCAGGCCGGCCCUCCCCCAGCCAGUCUGUCCGUGGGAGCUGACUGCAGGGCCGGGCACAAAUCACCGCCCGCUCCCGCCUUCCGCACCCCGGCCCCGGCCGGUAGUAAAUCACCCGGUCAGGGUUUGCGGCCCCAGCCCCCGUGAGGCCGAGGGUCUCUGGGAGCCAAUUCCGGCUGCGGCCGCUGACUGAACUCCAUUAGUGCCGCUCUGCCAGCCUGGGCCAGCCCGGCUCCGACAAAUCAUCCCAGACGGACGAAGACGAUUUAUUUCCCCCGAUCGGGGGGAGCCCAUUAACUGAAGAGGCCAGCGGGCCCUGACGGAUGGCUUGUGUCGGGCGAGCCGCAUGAGUGGAAAUCGAUGGCCGUUCCUCUCCACAUCAUCCUGUGUUCUCCCUGCGCCGCUCAGGGUGCGGGAGAAGUGCCGGGGGUCCCCCACCUCCUCGCAGGCGGCUCCCCCAUUUGUCCCGGUGGGGCCCCUGCCCCUCCAGCGUCUCGCCGUGGAACUGUGAGCCACAUCUCACCACCCGAGGCCCCUUGGCAGAAGAGUCUGGUGAUCUGGGGGGGUCCGGGGGUCCAGGGGGGCGGUGAACAGAUGGAUCCAUCAGCAACAUCACGGCUUCCACCCCCAGUCUUGUCCCUCCCCCAGUCCUGCCCCUCCCUCACCUGCACUCAUUCACCUGUUUCUGUACCACUGUGCUAGGCACCACGGGGGGGACACAUUGCGGGGGGUCCCCAAGCCUGUGGCUUGUGCCCUCGAGUUUACAGCUUAGCCAGGGGCGUGGGCGGGGUGGAGGUCAGUCGUCCUGGCUCUGGGGCUCACUCGCUCGCUCACUUACUCUCAAGGGUGCAUCGUCGGCCCCUCACAGCCCAAGACCGCUAAGCCCCUCGGGCCGGCCGUGGUGGCCCAGGCCCAGUGGUCGAUGCAGACAGUUUAGAAGCGAAAGGGGGCGAGAGGCGGUCGUGGCGGUCAGUACGAGGGGGGGGGGGGGAUCCUGGCUGGCCUCUUCCAUCCUGUUCCCGUCCUCUCCCCGGGACUCUCCAGCCCGACUCACCGGCGGCUGCCUCCUAAACACUUGUGCCUUUGCUCACAACUGUCCUAAUGCUGGAAAUGUCUUCCCUUUCUGCUCGUCGACUUCAGACCCGCCCUUCCAAGCCCACUUCCAACACGCCAACUCCGCCAGGAAGCCCGUCCUGGUUUCCCCCUUGCCCCCUCAUGGAGCACUUUGUAACUCUCUGAUGCACUUACAGAACCCUCCCCUCUCACGGUUUCCAUCCCUCCGUUAGACUGUAAGCUCCACGAGGGCAGGGACUCUGUCUGUGUCUUCCCUGACCUGUAGUUCCCCGAGCACCCAGCCAGACCCACCCUGCACGAGGUUAAGGGUUUAAUAAACAUUUGGUGGAUGAACUGA